UAUGGCAUUACAUGUCAUUCUGUUUCCAGUGACUGUGAUUCUAUGUGAUGUCAGUUAAAUGCAACAGACAGUGAUCUCACACGGGUGAAGAUGUCUGCUAUCAAAGUGAUAGUGUGCGUACACUGCCCCUCUCAAUGCUUGCUGCCUGCUCUCUAGAAAAGCACUGGGACACACUGAAGAUUUGGCUGUAGCGCUCUCCUCUCAUCAAGUUCCUACCAGCAUGGCAAGCUCUGCAUCUUUCGAGCCACUGAAGCCCCCCUGCCAAAGGCUGGAUGCAAGAAAUGGGGUUUCCUCCACCCCAAAGACCUUGGCUUUUUCCAUUGAAAGAAUUAUGGCAAAGACUUCAGAUCCCAAACCUACUUUCUUUGAACCAAACCCCCAGCCCAUGGAGGCAGAAGCUAAGAAAAUCUUAAAUCUUUGCUCACCUAUUCCAUGCAUGAUCCCCAUCCAAUCUUUGAAUUAUGAUGUGCACUCCAAAACUCUCCUGAAUUAUUCGGAGAUGUGGAAGAACAGUUUAAGGGGGGCUGUGUGCAGUCCCACUGGUUUGUGCAAAUCGAAUUGUGGCAUUUGUUGUAAAAACGAUUUAAAUAUGGGGAACUCUGUUCUUUCAACAAGCAGGGUCAUCAAACCUCAAGUGAUCAAUCAGACUGUUGGGGUACCAAGUAAUGGAUCUUUAUAUUAUUUCAAUUACCUGGAGUCUUCCUAUCACCAUACGGACAUUCUAAACGGACAGUUAAUUCCAUCUAGCAUUUUAAAUGCACAGUCUCCAUCUACCCUCUCUGCUCAUCAGAAACUGUUCCUGCUAGAAAAUGCUAAACUGAGUUUGGCAGCAGAGAAAUUCCCCAAUCCUCAGUACCCCCAUAAGGAAAGGCUUCCUGGACACUUGGACCAAGUGAUGAAAGAGAACACAGCAUUAUCAGUGGAGAGACAUUUAAAAAACAGCAGCAAACUUAACCCCAGCACAGCAGAUGGAAAACCCAAAAUCUUCACUUGUGAAAUAUGUGGAAAGGUUUUUAAUGCGCAUUAUAAUUUAACCAGACACAUGCCAGUUCACACAGGAGCCAGACCGUUUGUCUGUAAAGUUUGUGGUAAAGGCUUUAGACAAGCCAGUACACUUUGCAGACACAAGAUCAUUCAUACCCAGGAAAAACCCCACAAAUGUAAUCAGUGUGGAAAAGCAUUUAACAGAAGUUCAACCUUAAAUACUCACAUAAGGAUUCAUGCAGGUUAUAAGCCAUUUGUGUGCGAGUUUUGUGGCAAAGGAUUUCAUCAAAAAGGCAAUUAUAAAAACCACAAAUUGACUCACAGUGGAGAAAAACAAUAUAAAUGCACAAUUUGCAAUAAAGCAUUUCACCAGAUUUAUAAUUUAACUUUCCAUAUGCACACACAUAAUGACAAAAAACCAUUUACCUGUGGCACUUGUGGAAAAGGAUUUUGCAGGAACUUUGAUUUGAAAAAGCACGUGAGGAAGCUACAUGACAACGUUUUAACAUCCUGUACGCUGAAAGAAAUCUCCAGGACUGCACAGAGCUAGGGACCGUUUGUAUACAGAGUGACAACACUGUGACUAUAUACAUCGCGUUCCUUACCGGAUGAUUGGACUAAGAGCACCUGUUUUUCAGAGACUCUACAAUCCGAACGCUGUCAAACGCUUAAAUACAUUUUGUCUGAUCAGAUAUGGUAAUGUUACCCAAGAUAUGAAGAGAUUCAAAUCAAAAAUCGU